ACCAAGUCUUUUGAUAAACACCGAUUCUCUCUCUCUCUCCAAGUAGACUUUCUCUCUAGAACCUUCUCUUUCUCUUUGCAGAAACAGUCACAGAAAAUGGUGAAGGGUCCUGGACUUUACUCCGAUAUCGGCAAAAAAGCUAGAGAUCUUCUGUACAGGGACUAUGUCAGUGACCAUAAGUUCACCGUCACUACCUAUAGCUCAACCGGAGUGGCUAUUACCUCAUCUGGUCUGAAGAAAGGUGAAUUAUUCUUAGCGGAUGUUAACACCCAGCUGAAGAACAAAAAUGUUACCACUGAUGUAAAAGUGGACACCAAUUCCAAUGUCUACACUACCAUCACUGUUGAUGAACCUGCACCGGGACUCAAGACAAUCGUCAGCUUCGUAUUACCAGAUCAGAGAUCUGGAAAGGUAGAGCUCCAAUACUUGCAUGAGUAUGCUGGGAUCAGUACUGGCAUUGGACUUACAGCAAGUCCUCUUGUCAACUUCUCUGGCGUUGCUGGCAACAAUACUGUUGCUUUGGGCACUGAUCUAUCAUUUGACACUGCCUCAGGCAAUUUCACAAAAUGCAAUGCUGGUCUGAGUUUUUCCACUUCUGAUCUGAUUGCUUCCUUAGCACUGAAUGACAAGGGUGAUACCCUUAGUGCUUCCUACUACCACACUGUGAAGCCGGUGACAAAUACAGCUGUUGGGGCAGAGUUGACUCACAGCUUCUCAAGCAACGAGAACACGCUGACCAUCGGGACACAGCAUUUGUUGGACCCAUUGACCACGGUGAAGGCUCGGGUUAACAGCUAUGGUAAGGCAAGUGCUCUCAUCCAACACGAGUGGCGACCAAAAUCCCUUUUCACAAUAUCUGGUGAAGUGGACACGAGGGCAAUUGAAAAAAGCGCCAAGAUUGGGUUGGCUGUAGCCCUCAAGCCAUGAGUCUGUUACGACCUUACAGAGAAGUGAGUGAAGCAGUGUUGUUUUGUAUGGUCCAGAGUAAUAAAUUAGAUAGACUUGUUUCAGCACAUUGUCCAUCCGCACCAGUAAGAUUAACCUUCAACUGGUAAUGCAAACUCAUGAAUUUUUGCUUAUAUCCAUCUCAAAUGUCGAUUGAGGGACUGGUUUUUGACUUAA